AAGGAACAAACCUUGUAGGAGCUUGGCAAGGAAAGGAGGAGGAGGGGGAGCGAGGGGGAAGGCGAAGGAAGUAUAACAUCGCGGCCGGCCGGAGGCUUGGGGGGCAGUUGCGAGAGGAAAGGGCUGAAGCCAGAGCAGAGCGGAGUCUGGGAACACCAAGAGGCAGCGGCAGCCGCAGGAGCGGAGUCGACCCACGCUGCCCCAAAGCGACACUCAGGUCUCCAAGCGGAGCCUGCUGGCCGCCACCCGAACUUUUCCCUAGCCUUUCCCCGCUCCGGGCAUCGUCGGCGCGUCCCGGUGGCGGGUGCUUUGCGCUCCGGGGCGGCCGGAAAGAUGAUGAUGAUGUCUCUGAACAGCAAGCAGGCUUUUAGCAUGCCUCACGGCAGCAGCCUGCAUGUGGAGCCCAAAUACUCAGCGCUGCACUCCGCUUCUCCCUGUACCUCUUCGUCCGCGGCACCCUCGUCCAGCUCUCCCAGCAAUACUAGUAGCGGGGGCGGCGGCGGCGGCGGCGGCAGCGGGGGCCGGAGCAGCAGUAGCGGCAGCAGCGGCAGCAGCGGUGCAGGCGGCGGCGGUGGUGGCAGCGGGGGCGGCGGAGGUUCCGAGGCGAUGAGGCGAGCGUGUCUUCCCACCCCACCGAGCAACAUCUUCGGUGGUCUGGAUGAGAGCUUGCUGGCCCGCGCGGAAGCUCUGGCUGCCGUGGACAUCGUCUCGCAGACCAAAAGCCACCAUCACCACGCGCCCCAUCACAGCCCCUUCAAGCCAGACGCCACCUACCACACCAUGAACACCAUCCCGUGCACCUCCUCCGCGUCGUCGUCUUCCGUGCCCAUCUCGCACCCUUCUGCCCUUUCGGGCACCCACCACCACCACCACCAUCACCACCACCACCACCACCAGCCGCACCAGGCGCUGGAGGGAGAGCUCUUGGAUCACAUCACGCCGGGGCUGGCCCUGGGGGCCAUGACGGGGCCCGACGGAUCAGUGGUGUCCACACCCGCUCACGCCCCGCACAUGGCCACCAUGAAUCCUAUGCACCAGGCGGCUCUCAGCAUGGCCCACGCACACGGGCUACCUUCGCACAUGGGCUGCAUGAGCGACGUGGACGCCGACCCGCGGGACUUGGAAGCGUUCGCUGAGCGUUUCAAGCAGCGGCGCAUCAAGCUGGGGGUGACCCAAGCGGACGUGGGCUCCGCUCUGGCCAACCUCAAGAUUCCCGGGGUGGGCUCUCUGAGCCAGAGCACCAUCUGUAGGUUCGAAUCCCUCACUCUAUCCCACAACAACAUGAUCGCUCUCAAGCCCAUCCUUCAGGCUUGGCUAGAAGAGGCAGAGAAGUCUCACCGAGAAAAGCUCACCAAACCCGAGCUAUUCAAUGGGGCUGAGAAGAAGAGGAAGCGCACGUCCAUAGCUGCUCCUGAGAAGCGUUCCCUCGAAGCCUAUUUCGCCAUCCAGCCUCGCCCCUCCUCUGAGAAAAUUGCCGCCAUUGCAGAGAAACUCGACCUUAAGAAAAAUGUGGUGCGAGUCUGGUUCUGUAACCAGAGGCAGAAACAGAAAAGGAUGAAAUAUUCGGCUGGGAUUUGAAAGGCCCACGAUUUCUCUUGGGACUCGUUCCCUUUCUCCGACCCCAAGGUCUCUUCCUUCCUCCACUUCACUUCUCCCCAUCUUCCUCCCCACCUUUACUUGUCGGCAAGAAAUUAUUUCAGUGUUUGAUUCCACCAGAGAGAGCAAAGGAGAAAGAGCUAUUGAAUAAGCCUUUUGAAACUGGGGGGAAUGAAGAAACAGGAAAAAAGAAAGAAAGAAAACCAGACUUGAAUUUUCAAAUUUAAACGAUGUUAUCCUUCUCCACAUCCCUUAGAAAGGCAACCCUGCUCUUUCAAAUACUCUUACACUGACUGAAGGCAGAUAUAAAAUCCUUUUUAAAAGACUGAAGAACGAUCAAGUAAGAUUUGUUUUUAUUCUUAAAGACCCUUGUUCCAGUUGAAAAGUACACUUUGCAGCUAUUUUUCAGAAAAUUAAAAUUGUGUCAGGACUGAAACUUUAAACUAGAGUUUGGCCCCUAACAUGAUAGAGACAUCUCAAAAGUAUUUUGAUUUUAAAAAGAGAGAGAUGGCAGAUUUUUCUGCAUUUACACUGUAUAUUAUAUAUAAUAUAUUUUUACUGUGGUUAUUAUUCUCGUUCUCCUCUGAAGUGUUAAUGCUUAGAAAAGGAGCUGCCUACUGUGUUCACUGAUCUUUAAAAGCUAUUAUUAGAUUACUGCCAAACAAUCCUCUGUAAAUUAUUCAUUUAUGUCUCUGGCAACUUAAUUUGUGCUCAUUAUGAUUAAUUAAACUUCUUUAAUCUAAGUCUGGUUUAAAAAAAAAAAACAAGGGGAAAGUGUAGAUAGUGAACACCAGAAAAGUUUAAGUUUGAAGACUGUCGAAUUCCUAAAGCUAUAUAGUCUUCUACACUGUUCAUUUUGGCCCACGUGUAAAUUCCCACUCUGAAUGAAAAUUGUUUCUCCUUUGUUUUUCCUGGCAGUGUUCUUAUUUGUGACUCGUUGACACUCUGUAAUAGAUGUCCUCCGUUAUUUGUAUAGACCUGAUUCACUGUCCAAAGUAUUGUUUACUUCCUUACAUAUUUAAUGGGGAUUCCCAUCUUGUCCCCACCAAUCUCUCUCUCUCUCUCUCUCUCUCUCUCUCUCUCUCUCU